UGUCAGUAGACUGGUUUUGAAAUUUGAAACGUCCAAGCCAUGCAUAUCCGGGUGCCUCAUACUCCAUAUAUUUAGGGCGAAGCUUUGUGAUUGCCAUCCCCUGUUCGUCUCCACGAUGUCCAAUAAUCAUCUACAAGAGAAGGACUCAACCACCGAUCUUGAGAAGGAUUCCGCGUAUAGGGAUGGUCUCUCUGCGAUCAUCCCCGGAGACAAGCACGGAUGGCUCUCCCACCCGUUAGCAAAGUCUCUUCUCAGCUGGGGCGUAGAGGAGCGAGGCACUAUUCCAGUUCCUGAAAAGGAGCGGAUGGACACUCAAUACUAUAAAAUUUUCUUCCUUUGGUUUUCAAUGAACUUCAACAUCCUCUCCUUCUCUGCCGGAACGAUUGGUCCAAUCGCUUUUGGACUUGGACUUCGUGAUUCAUGUCUCGUCAUCUUAUUCUUUAAUAUCCUGGCGUGCGCAUUACCUGCGUAUUUAAAUACUUGGGGCCCUCGAAUUGGCAUGCGUCAGAUGAUUCAAUCUAGAUAUAGCUUUGGCUACUUUGGCGUCAUUAUACCCGCUAUCCUCAAUUUGAUCGGCAUGAGUGGCUUCAAUAUCCUCAAUGGUAUUCUCGGUGGACAGGCACUAGCUAGCGUGUCUGGUAAUAUGAGCUGGGAUGUCGGCAUUGUCAUUAUCUUCGUCAUCGCGCUCCUCAUCUCCUUCAUGGGCUACAGAGUACUUAACUGGUACGAACGUGUUUCAUGGUUCCCAGUUCUUAUCGCAUUCUUGGUUGUACUCGGCGUGGGUGGCAAGAACUUGUACAACGCUCAACCAGCGGAACCUGCAUCCGCUGCUGCCAUUCUCAACUUCGCAUCCGUUAUAGCUGGUUUCGUUAUCACCUACUCGCCAUUGGCAUCCGAUUUCACGAUGUACUACUCGCCCACCGUUCCCCAGUCCAGGAUCUUUUGGUAUGCAUAUAUAGGGUACCUCGUACCUAUCGUCCUUCUUCAGUGCCUUGGAGCCGCAGCAGUCCUUGCUGCACCAAACGUUCCUAGCUGGAAUGAGGGUUACGGAACAGAAGGCAAUAUCGGCGGCCUUUUAGAUGCGAUGCUCGGUCCGGUCGGUAACUUUGGGAAGUUCCUCACCGUUCUUCUCAGCCUGAGCGUCGCCAGCAACAUUGCUGGCGCACUUUAUUCUAUUUGUUUCAAUUUCCAAGUUAUGAUCCCGGCCAUGUCAAGAGUUCCAAGAUAUGUUUUCUCGAUCGUCGGCACGGUAAUCGCAUUGCCUUUAUCGAUCGUGGGCGCCCACAGAUUUUAUGCGGCGCUGACUGAUUUCCUUUCGCUAAUUGGUUAUUGGGCAAGUGCGUACGGCGCCAUCCUCCUUGUCGAACACCACUACUUCCGCAAAGGUGACUUCAGCACCUACGACCACGCCAUAUGGAACGUUCCGGGCCGUCUUCCCUGGGGAGCAGCUGCACUCACAGCUGGAAUACUGUCUUUUGCCCUGAUUAUACCCUGCAUGAAUCAGGUGUGGUACCAGGGCCCCAUCGGCAUCACCUCAGGUGAUAUCGGUUUCGAGAUUGCAUUCCCUCUUGCAGCCUUACUUUACAUCCCCCUUCGAAAGCUAGAGCUCAAAUACCAGAAUACCAAAUAGUAAGUACCGUUCGGUCGAGAUAGUUGUAAGUUAGAUGUGCGAUGUGCUACGGAACGUGUACUGUCUUACUGUGCCUAUUUCUAAUUUUACUUACCUUCGAUCAGAACAGCAAUCUAGGGUCGCUCCUAUCUUUUUCGCAUAAAGUA